AACUUUCAGUCGGCCGUUCGGCGGGCGCCGGAAAACUUUAAAAAGUCGCCGGCCACUGGGCCGUAAACUUAUUUCCGAUCUGAGCUUGGAGCUGAACACAACCCAUCCGGACAAAAUCAGCAAUAGCAGUGGCCAUGAAGUGCACUUUGCUAACCACCUUGCUGGCAACCCUGGCGGUUUCCUCCUUGGCCGCCCCCUUCGAUUUGGGUGAUCUCUUCUCGGGCUUCCAGCCUCUGGAGAAACAGGAAGUGGUCAAGCGGCAGGUGCAGGCCAAUCCCGAUGCCGAGCUGAAGCAGAUCUCUUUCCAUGGCCUGAUCGGAGAUCUGGAGGACAGUCUGUUCCAGUCCGCGCUGAGUCUGCACCAGGCCAGUGCUCCAGGCAGCGAAGUGGAGGAGGUGAAGCCCGAGUCCCAGGCGGCAAUCGCAGAUGAUGAGGACCACGCGCUGACCAAGCGAUCAGAUGAGUCCACCCCGGCCACAGAUGCUGCCGCCACCUCCACGGACGAUGGCCUGGCCCGCAAGAUUCUGCUGCAGACCACCAGGAAGGUGCCCAACAGCGAGGAUGGUGUGCCCGCCCACCUGGUCAUCGACCAUGUCUCGGUGCAGCCACACAAUGGCGGUGCCCUGUCGCUGAUCCCCACCUUCCAGGUGCACCACACCAAGCUGAUCUCGGCCACCAUCAAGGAGGACUCGAGCAGCGACAGCAGUGAUGGCAAGCAGACCAAGAUUAGCAUCACCAAGACCUCGAUCACGUCCACGGCUCCCAUUGAGAGUGUGGAGGAGGCGGUGGCCAUUGCAGGUUCCCUGGCCACCACCGAGGAAGCCUCUACCAAGACGGAUGCGGUGACCACCACUAAGGUCGCGGAGGAGGUGACCACCACCACUACGGUGGCAGAGAAGGAGGAGACCACCACCGCCAAAGCGGCGGAGAAGGAGGAGGCGGAGAAGAGCUCAACCACCAUCCUGACCAUCGUGGGCAGCUCCACCACUUCCACUUCCACUUCCACCACCAGCACCACCACCACCGAGGAGCCCAUCGAGAAGCUGAAGAAGGACGAGGAGAAGCUCAAGGAGAAGGUGGCCGAGGUGGAGGCCGAUCCCGUCAUCCUAUCGGCUCGCGUUUAAGCCAGUCGACCUCUGAACCCUCUAGUUGUAACACCCUCAUCUCCAACUCAUCCCGCCACUCACAUAUUUAUGACACGCCAAGUUCAAUUAAAGUCAUGUGAUUCGAUUUGAUGCGAAGCUUCUUUAUUUGCAUUUCCAAUUCACACGGCCUACCCGGCGAUCUCUGCCAAAUUUGAGGCUCUAAUUGCUUGGAUAAACACAGGCCCUAAUGAAGCUAGCGGUUCAGCCAGGCAUGAACGAUUCACCCGAAACCUUCCCAGAAUCUGCGGCGGGAAAAACCUCACGGCGAUAUGCAAAUAUUUCUGUGAAUAGCAAAUAUUACAAUCUGUAUUCUCGAAGCGAGUUGCAAAGGGGAUCUUCAACUGGGUUAAUUAAAUAUUGCCAAAUUGUCGGGACCCAAACUA